GUGGAAGAGACGUUAGGGUACUUGGAGGGCGCGGCAGCCGCCGGACUACUACCUCCGUGACCACGCCUGAACCUCGGGUUCGACCUCACAUUGCCUGAUCUGUCGAACAAAGAGAUCGACAAGCACAGUGAUUCUAAUAUAUAUAUCGCAGAUUGGAAUCCGAUCUCUCAACCCGCCGGAUCCCCCACCUCAGUCUCGUCGUACACCUCCUCCGGCACCUUCUCAGCAACCGUUUGUAGGGGACACGGAGAAUACCCCGUCCAAACUAAGCGCCAACGUCACACGUAACUCUGUCGAUCAGCCGCAAAACAAGGACCUCCGACCUCUUUAUACCGGCUUCGAAAGAAUGGCGGACAAUCUGUCAGAGAUCGAACUGAAGAAGAUGUUCGAGGAGUUCAUUCCUGGAGAGGAUCCCAGUAGUGACUACCUGACGCACUGUGACUACGACUCGCACGUUGCGAAAGUAAAGAAGGAAAGCGACUUGAACCCUAAAAUUUGUGUCAUGGCCCACUCUGCCGCGCGGGUAUGCCCCACGUUGGUCGUCCGUGACAUCUCAUGCUGGCAAGUCAGUGGCCAAGAUCACAAGUCCAGCCAGAAGGGCACCCGGUCCGACUGCGCUGUCUACCUUGACAACGAGCGUACUCGGAAGAUAGUCGACAAGGACCGCGAUGACUUCAUGAAGACGAGCAAGAUGAGCGAGGAGGACAAGAAUGCUCGGAAGGACUGGGUAGGGCGACGGGCCUGGGGAGAUAUGGUUGCGUUUGUAGAGGUCAAGCACAACCACGACGGCUCUGCUUUUGAGUUCAAUAACCCGGGCACUCGCUUCACGCGUGACGACACGGACGGUGGCAGGAAAGCCCUCGGCCAAUUCGCAGAGUACGUCGCCAACAUCCUCGCACACCAGCACCGCACCCACGUCUACGCGCUCUAUGUCUACCGCGAUAGAGCCCGUAUCUGCUUCUUCGAUCGCUCUGGCGGCGUUGUAUCCACACCCUUCCACUACGGGACGACCGCCGAUACCACCUUCCAGCGUUUCUUCUAUCGACUCGCAGGCAUGUCCCGCGAACAGCUAGGCUUCGAUCCCACUGCUGUCCUUGCGGACGAAAGUGUGGUGAGCGCUCUGAGGGCUUGGGCAGCCGCCGUGCCUACGGAGUAUCUCCGCAAGCUGGCCUGCGAAGCGCUCUGUUGGGAUCCGGCCACGAACUCGCCUUCAUCUGUCGAAUGGCCGACUCACGAGGUUACGUUCAAGGGCAAGACGCUCUAUGUCGGCAAACCUGCGUUUUCGAACCUCGCUCUGUUUGGGCGCUGCACUCGGGGCUACGUCGCCAUCGAAAAGGAGAGUGGGGAAGAUGGUAGCGUCGCAUAUUCGUUGCGCUAUCUGAAAGACUCUUGGCGGAACAUUCAACCGCACGUCCAUCCGGAGCAUGAGGUAUACGAGCGCCUUAGGUCUAGGGGAGUCGUCGAAUACAUCCCGACGUGUCUAGGUGGGGAAGAUGUGGCCGGCGCGUGGCAGCGAACGAGUGCCGGUGCACUUCUGCAGUCGAACCCCCUCCCGCGAGGCCAUUAUCGCAUCCUUCUGAAAGAGGUAUGCCGGCCGUUGUCCGACUUCGAAGACUAUCAGGAUCUAGCUAUGGUUAUUGGUGACGCACUGUCUGCACACCGUGAUGCUUGGGAGAAAGCCGGUGUCCUUCAUCGCGACGUGAGCUACAACAACAUCCUCAUAUACGUCACGAAGAACGACGAGGGGAAGGACAUCCACGUGGGACUGUUGGUUGACUGGGACUUGUCGAAAUACAAGGAGUAUAUGGUUCCCGGUUUUGGUCCGAGGCAGCCAGAUCGCACAGGAACCUGGUACUUCCGCUCUGCGGUGUCUCAGAGAUAUCCAAGGAAACCUUACGCAGUGUCUGACGACAUUGAAUCAUUUGUGCACGUCUAUCACUACUGUGUUCUUCGCUUUCACAAGACGGAACAAACGAAAACUCUCACGCACACUGUCUGUUCGACGUACGAAUACGUGGAGAGACGCGCCGAGGAUGGCGCAUAUGUCGGCGGAUUCAUCAAGUUUCGACAGAUGUGUAGCCCCACCCCCGCGAUCGCUCCUGACAACAACAAGACACUACUGGCUCUGCUCCAAGACCUGGCAGACAUUUGCGCCGCUCACUACGCUACCAUUGACGCCCAGGAAUUCGAUCGGCUGUACACUCCUGUGCCUGAAACCCCCGCUACCACGGCACCUCAGCAAGAAGCUGCUACAGCCGCACAAC